AUGGCCGCCACAGAUGCCGGAUGUGAGCAUUAUGUUCGCAGCUGUUUGUUAAAAGCACCCUGCUGUGGGAAGUUUUAUGUGUGCCGACUGUGUCAUGAUGAUGAAGAGAAUCAUCAAAUGGACCGAUUUAAGGUUCAAGAGGUUAAAUGUGCAGUGUGUAAUACUAUUCAAGAGGCUCAACAUACAUGUAAGGAAUGUAAAGUGAAGUUCGGCGAGUAUUACUGUGGCAUUUGUCAUCUGUUUGAUAAAGACAAGAAGCAGUACCACUGCCAGCCCUGUGGAAUAUGCAGAAUUGGUCCAAAAGAGAAAUACUUCCACUGCACAAAAUGCAAUUUAUGUUUAGCCACUGAUCUUAAACAUAAUCACAAGUGUGUUGAGAAUGUCUCCAGACAGAACUGUCCUGUAUGUAUGGAAGACAUCCACACGUCCAGAAUAGGGGCUCAUGUUCUUCCCUGUGGCCAUCUCCUACACAGAACAUGCCUUGAAGAUAUGUUCAGAACUGGUGCUUACCGCUGUCCACUGUGUAAGCACUCGGCCUUGGACAUGGAGCAGCACUGGGAACAGAUGGAUAACGAUAUUGCCCAGUCACCCAUGCCCACAGAGUACCAGGAAACAACAGUUAAGAUAAUAUGCAAUGACUGCCAGGCUCAUUGUAUUGUCACCUUCCAUGUGUUGGGGAUGAAAUGCAGCAGCUGUGGCUCCUACAACACCACCCAGGAUGGGGGGCUGAUCAUGCCCCCUGUUGUAGACACACAACAUACUGCAGGACAGCCACUUGAAGAUGAGCAAGACGCUGAGCAACAUGAGUGACGUUAUGACUCUAAUAACUAAUUUAGUAAAAGCUUUCAUCUAUCUACCAUGUCUAUACAACAAUUCUGUGUUAUUGCUUCAUUAAAAUGAAUGAGAAAUUGAGAACAUUUGGGUUGAGGCUUCUUUGAUCGGAUAGACA